UCGGGGAGCGCCGGGGCCGGGGCCGGUCAGCGCCGGCGGGGUUUGCCCCGGGGCCCGGGUUUCUGAGGCCGAUGAUACUUCUCCUGAAAACCGCAGCGUUCUCCGCCUUCCGCCGCGCUCUCGGCGCCUCCCCGGAAAAGGGUCCGAGGCGGCCCGGGCCUGCGGGCAGCCCGAGCGCCGUUUAACGCCCGGCCUUGCGGGAGCGGUUGUGGAAUAAAACCCACGAGCGCUCGCAGUUGUGAGCAUCUGGGCCGCAGCAGUGGUCUGCCUGCCGCGUGAAAGGAGCUGCACGAUAGCAGCGUUAAAACAGAUUGAACGUGACAGCGUCAGCAUUUUUUAUUUAUUUUUUUUUUAAUUUUAUUUUUGUGCAGUGCUGAAAACUCACCCGGCUGGCUUGCCAAGAGCUCUGGGAAAUCCCGUGGUGGAAGCUGAAAAUAAGCUGCGAUGGAGAGUACAGUAUUGGUCACUUGCCUUGUGUCAUUUUCUAUGCUACUGUGUGAAAGUUAUCACCAUGAAGUAGAGACGGCUACUGUUGUGCAUACAUUACAGAGAACUUUUCCAGAAAAGGCAGCUGGUGUUAAUACUGACUUGGCAGGAUUAAUACAGAAGUUUCACCUUCAAGAACUCUUUCAUCGUUAUGGAGAAAACGACUCUCUGUCGAUCGAAGGGUUUAGAAAACUGCUCCAGAACAUAGGGAUAGAUAAAAUGAAAAGGAUUAAAAUCGACCAUGAUCACGACCACGAUCAUCACCUUCAUCAUAAUCACGUUUCAUCGAGUAAAAACGCUGAGAAGACUCAUUGUCCAAACCAUGACUCUGAUGUUAACAAAGACCACAGGAACAGUCACUCAAAAGAACCUCACAAAGUAGGGAAUGUAGAACACCAGCAGAACUUUGUGCGCACCAAGAACACCGUUCAUGAAAUAAUGGCAUCUGUCAUCACUGCUCCCACAGGUGGCCACUCUGAGUUACAGAACAUGCAACCUGGAGAGGUCAGGCUGGUUGCUCGUGUAGGCCUGGCUGGCCCUAAUGCUGUUAAUGUCACAGGUGGUGGCAACUCGAGCGGGCUUGCCAACAGCAGAGCAAAUGAAUCUCAUACUUCUCCGAAGGAAUCUGAAGGAGGAAGUUACCUCUAUUCUAAACUGAAAAACCAAAAUACCCAAGAGUGCUCCAGCGCAUCAAAACUGAUGCAGUUCCAUGGUAUAGGCACUCAAGUAUUGUUGACUGCUACAGAAUUUAGUUACCUCUGUCCAGCUCUUAUUAAUCAGAUUGAUGGCAAAUACUGCAUAGUCCAUGCAACUAGUGAAAAAGCUGAAACUCCUCCAAAAAGUUACUCUCUGCAAAUAGCUUGGAUUGGUGGCUUUAUAUCCAUUUCCGUCAUCAGUUUUCUUUCCUUAUUGGGUGUUAUAUUGGUACCGCUGAUGAAUCGUGUAUUUUUCAAAUUCCUUCUAAGUUUUCUUGUGGCAUUGGCUGUGGGGACUUUGAGUGGAGAUGCCUUCCUACAUCUCCUUCCACAUUCUCAUGGAAACCAUCACCAUCACCAUGAAAAGCCUUUGCUUGAGCAAAACAAAGGCUCUAUGUUCAAACAUCUUGUUUUUCAAAGUAUGGAGGAGAGUGCUUACCUGGAUUCUACAUGGAAGGGACUUACAGCACUUGGAGGCUUGUAUUUCAUGUUUCUAGUGGAGCAUUUGAUCACAUUAAUAAAGCAGUUUAAAGACAAGAAGAAAAAGAAAAAAAAUGAAGAUGAUGGAGAAAGUAAGAAGUUUUCAGCGAAUGAAGAAAAGCUAGACGCAGAUGAUCGGCCUGAAGGCUAUCUAGGGACAGAUUCUCAAGAUCCAUCGCCCUUCAUUUCUCAGCAGCCAACUGUACAAGAAGAAGAAGAAGUAAUGAUAGCUCGUUCUCAUCAAGAGGAGGUUGACAAUGAAUAUGUGUCCAGGGGCUGUAGAAACAAAUGUCAUUCUCACUUACACGAUACUCUGGGACAAACAGAUCAUCUUAGUCAUCAUCACCAUGACUACCAUCAUAUUCUGCAUCACCAUCAUCAUCAGAACCAUCAUCCCCACAGUCACAGUCAGCGCUACUCACGUGAAGAACUGAAGGAUGCGGGGAUAGCAACUCUGGCAUGGAUGGUGAUUAUGGGAGAUGGACUACACAAUUUUAGUGAUGGCCUAGCAAUUGGAGCAGCCUUUACUGAAGGUUUAUCUAGUGGUUUAAGCACUUCUGUGGCUGUAUUUUGCCAUGAAUUACCUCACGAGCUAGGAGAUUUUGCUGUACUUCUGAAAGCUGGUAUGACUGUCAAGCAAGCUGUGCUUUAUAAUGCUCUGUCAGCUAUGCUGGCCUAUCUUGGAAUGGCGACUGGAAUUCUUAUUGGUCAUUAUGCAGACAAUGUUUCAAUGUGGAUAUUUGCACUUACUGCUGGCUUGUUCAUGUACGUGGCUCUUGUGGAUAUGGUACCUGAAAUGCUCCACAAUGAUGCCAGUGAUCAUGGAUGUAGCCGCUGGGGAUACUUCCUGUUACAGAACGCUGGGAUUCUGUUAGGCUUUGGGAUAAUGCUGCUUAUCUCCGUAUUUGAACAUAAGAUUGUCUUCAGCAUAAACCUGUAAUCCUGGUUGCCAGGAAGAGAGCUUGGUGUUAAAUUAUAAGUGGUAGGGGUUUUUAUAUGAAAUUCUCUAAUGGAGAGGUACGUUUGAUAUAGACUAGGUAUUUUAUUGGUGUGCUUUCGCUCCUUCCUUUCCCCCUCUUACAGAAAUGAACACUAUAAGUUGUGUUUGUUUGGGUGUUUUUUUGCUUAGGAUUUAGCAUUGCAUAUGGUACUGUGGAAAGUUUUACUUAGUAAAACAUGGCAAAAGUUCCAAAUCUAUUAAAGGAGUAUUGUCUGCGGGGUUAGGGGUGGUUUUUUUAGUAAAUUUAUUUGCUGUAUGUAAUUAUAUGUAACUUUUUUACUUCAGUGUUUUUUUCAGUUUAAAGAAAUAAAACAGUGGGUUUUUAUUUUAGCACAAUCAGAAUCAGUGGAUACAAAGCACAGUGAGCAGUGUAAAACAAGAAAAAGACAUGUAAGAUGCAGCAUGUGUUUAUAUUUGUAGAAACUCAUCUUCUGCAUCCACCUACUUUACACAGAGUGGCAGAUCCACUCCAUCCUUUUUGCAGUGGUUCUUCUCUCAAUACCAUUUUUUGUGUCUUAUUUCAGUUGGUUUCUAUUCCAAACAAAUUCUUGUGAAAUCCUGUUUGAAGCAUUUACACCAAAUGUUUUACUUGUUUCAUCCUUUCUGAUAUGAGUUGCUCUUCACAGGUUUCUCAAAUCAGCAACAAAAAGACAGCGAUUAGAUUAUAAGAGAUAGCUCUAAUCUAUGCAAAUUCCAUCAAAAAGACUUUUAACAUAGUACUGUAUCCCGUUUAUGCUGCCUGAAAUGGCAAAGGUGUAUUAAAGUCUGCUUGAUAGAAGGGGAGGAGUGCUACAGGCUGACACAGAGUCAUUUACUACAUCUAUCAGCUUCCCUAAGUAAAGUGUUGAUUUACUUUGGGAGCUGAGCUGAGUGGGAGCGCUGACUACUUCCAGUCCAGUGUGAUUGCACACAAACCUGUGCUUGCAGAACAGUUCUAUUCUUUGCAACAACUAAAGCUGAGAAAUCCAAAAUAGCAAAAUUUCUUUGACAGGAUCUGCAGGGAAGCAGCACGUUAGGGAUAAUUAUAAGUAUAUACGUGUGUAGUUUGAGCUUACAGUCUUAAUAUUUUAACCACUCUGAAAGUAACUGAAGGAAAGAGAACGAUGAAAAAGACAAUGGCAAAAUAAAUGAAUUCUGCAUUUGCAGGGAAGGUGAACAUUAGACAGCUUUUUAUAGGAGCAACAGAAUUAUGCUGUCUUAACUAUCUAGCUUUAAAAAUCCCAGAAAUACAACAAUUAGAACUUACUUCUUAUUCCUCUCUACCACUGCUUCAAAUCAGCUGAAUAAGAAGCUUGAGCAAGGGGGAAAAGAGGGAGUGUUUGAUAAUACCUUAUCUGACAGGUUAAAUGGUCUGGCAUAUGUUGGUCUGUCAUACAGUGAAAGUCAAAACUACUCUAUCCCCUCAGAAAUGGACGUUUGGAAUAACUUGAGAAGUUUUGGGGUUUGCCGUACUAGUUAAGAAAGGGGGAUUGCAGGAGUUUUUGCAGCCAGUGGAAUAUUAGCUUUUCUUCCUCCUUCAGUCUUUCCUCAGGUUAGUAAGACUGAGAUUUAAUCUUCUGCCCCUAGUGAUGAAAUCGUGUUCCUUGCCUCCUUUGAAGUCAGGGGGUAGAGAAAGGCAUACUGCCUUCAGCUCUGCUGAUGCAUCCUGAGGGGACCCCUAAACUGUGCUGCAGUCUUAGCAGCUCCCCCAGACCUGCACAUGUACGAACCUGGGUAUCUCCUCUUUUGGAAGCACUCCUUUUCUUCCCCCCAACUUGACUUUCCAUCACUAGAAGCUACUCUGGGUCCUCGGGCUUUCAUCUCUAACAAGAACGCGGACAAAGCAGAGGUGUGUUCCUUCCCUUCAUCAAGCACUUCUUAUUUUGUAUAUCUUUACAUUUUGUAUGUCUUUUAAUCAAAAUGCAACAGGCACAGAAUAAGCCUUUGGACUUUUUGUUAGAAGCACACCUCUGAACACAGGGGUUGUGCCCCAGUAUAGUAGCAGGCUGCUGCAUUUUUGUAGCAUCUCCUUGAUCACCCUUCCUGUACUCUUCUAUAGCAGUCAGGUGUUAGUGUUCCCAAGCUUCAAUUAGUAGUAUCUGUGAGUAGGAUGAAAAAUAGAUAGGUAUCUACCCCUUGCUUCUGUAUCUUCCAUGUUCUUAAACUUAGCUUAUUUGAACUCUCUGAAGAGACAAAGUAACUUGUUUUUUCAGUCUAAGCUCUUUAUGAUACUUCUGCCUUUACCUGUGCUAUGCUCCUUGCUUGACACUGCCGUAGCUAAACUCUGCCUAAAACCUACCUGCUGAUCUUCAUCUUUCCUUUGCUACCUGUAGUUCUUGAAUGCCAUAAUCUUUGGCUCGUCGAAAGCCAUUUCGUUUCUGGCAUGUGCACAUCACUGCUUUGUUCUUUAGCAAAACAAGUAAGUUCAAAACAGCCAUGCUGACACACGUACAUUCCCUAAACCUGUCAAAAUGGAAUUUUUCAUGCCUUGACGACUGCAUUUUCACUGACCUCCCGUCUUGGCAGUCCCACCUCAUUCCAGAUCUCCCCAAAACGGGCAGCUUUUCCUCUGGAUGUUUCUUCCUGAUGUCUCUUCAUUGCAGUUGAAUGUGUCACCCUUUGGAGUGGUCUGAUUUGACCCUGCCCUGUCUAAAUGCACCUUGCCUUUGUUAGGGUGAUGGUGCUGGUCACAGUCAGCUGACGUGCCUCAGUUUGUGCUCCUCUAAUGCUCCCCACAAGCAAGAUGUGUUCCUGGGUGGGGAAAAAAAAAAAAAAAAAAGUAAAGACUUUUUCCCUCACAGCUCUGUUCUGCUGAAGUGCAGUGUCUGAGAGGCAACCUCACUGCAUCCUCGUGGGUUUUGUAGGGCUUGGGCACCGUGUCUGCCUGUGCUCUGGUGAAGCACCCUCCAGUCAGUGUGCUUCAGCCCGUGGUGCGUCCGUCACCUUCUGUGGCGCACCCUCAGCUGGUACAGAGCUCUGGUCAUGAGGGAUUUCAGACUUGGGUGGGCUCAGUUAAUUUUGAAUUUUUUACUAGUGGUUUCUGUUAGCCUGCAACCUUAAUAACUGCUUGUUCAGCUGGGCUUCUCCAGGUGCUGGGGGUGACAGAGGAAGCAGGCAUACAGCCUAGUGUUGCCCAAGAAAUUUUAAGACCUAUGACAGAGAUAAAUCUACAAAUUUCAGUCAGUGUUUCCAAUGGAUUCUUGGCUGGCUUUGGAUGUAAUCCACUGACAUUAAAAUAUCUGCAUAUCAGAACACGUUGCUAAUGUAAUAACAUGAAAAAUAAAUUGCUUUUAGAGCAUGUGGGCAGAAGUGGCUGGGUAAGCUGGACACAAGCAUAUCCCACCCAUUUGGUGCUCGUUAAUCUUUGAUGGUGAGCUGUCUGUGAUGGACAGCUGUCCGAACUAGUCAUUCAGAAGACUGUAGACUGAAACCUGCUGUGGGUUUGUACCAGCAAGAGGACAUGUUUGUGGUUUGGUGUUUUGUUGGUUAUUUUUUUUUUUUUUUUUUUGUCAGCCUUAUAAAGAAUCCGCAUCUGUUGCAAUGUGCUCGCAUUGAAAAUACUCAUGAUUUGGCAAAGUGAUGGGGCAGAGCCUCUAAGCAGCCAUUUAUUUUUAUGCACAUAUUUUUCUGCAACAGUGUGUAACAUGCCUGCCUAUUCCGGCUGAUAAAUGGAAGUGUCUCUGUUUUGUAUAUCAGUCUGUACCUUAAUUAUGGUACGAACCUUGAUUUUAUACACCGUUACAGCCGCCUUAUUUCGUGCCUGUGCUAGAUGCAGGUAAAUAGAAUAGGCACCGAUGCUGGAAUCAAAGCUCGGUUUUUUGUAACAUGUUCUUCUAGUGGUUUUGACCUGUGUUUGUAGAGCAGGGGCGUCGGGCGCAGUUACUGUGUGCAGUGAGUGGCAAAGCAGAGGUGUGGGAGUUCUCUCCUGCCCGGCCGGUGGGGUUUGGGUGCCGGUACGGUUCCUCAGCUCCUUGGGGGAGGUGCUGGAUGGGGUGUGGGGAUGUGGGUCUGUAAAAUACAGUCAAGGCAGAAAUGGGAGUCACAGCAGCUCUCCCCCUGCCUGGACUGAGACACCUGCCUAAGGGAAGUUUCUGUGGAAAAAACCGGGUCAUUCUGUUUGCCACAAGCAAGAAACAAAAAGAUGUUUCCGUUAUUUUUUUUUUUUAUUAUUAUUAUUAUUUAAAAUACCUUUUUGGUGCAUCUGUGAUCACUGUAGCUGUUACUGUAUUGCUUUGUGCUAGAGAGAAUAAAACCAGUGAACCAAA